AUGGAAUCAAAUAUCAAGUACUUAGAUGAGUUGAAAGAGGCGAUUAGUGAAUCGCGUAUACCUUUCUCAGGUGGCGGAUCGGACGACUUCAGCAGCGGAAGCAGUACAAGGGCGGAGGAAGAUGAGUCGAAAAGUGUCCCUAUCAAGAUCCUCACGACAAUGCUACGAAAUCUUAAGGACCCUCAGAAGAACGAUAUGAUGAAGAACAACACCGUUUUUGCGAAAUCGAUACAAGUAAUGGAUGCGUUGAUUCGAUCUAGACCGGGCCUGCUGCUCCAGCGUAACGGAAACGUGGAUCUCACCACUUUGAUAUCAGAUUUACUAGACAUAUCUGUGAUGAACUAUGAUCAAGUCCACCGAAUGUGGUUUAUUCGCCGGAAAUUGGGCUCUUGGUGCAAACUAUUCGCCCAACUCUACGGAGGCGUACAUAAGAUGCUGAUCUCGGAUUGUAUAAUGGGUCUCCUAGUGCGUUUCGAGGAAAGGCUGGCCCAAAUCUUCGAAAUGGCACGCGAACCGGAGGUGGUAGCCCAUGAUCUGAAAUCGUUGUAUGUUAUUUGUUACUGGCUAUGCGGGCCUCCAGAGACGUUUGGAUCUUCCCUAACGAUGCUUAACUCCUGGCUGGGGGUUACCAAAUGGGAUUCACAAUUCCAGAAAACUAUUAGGUUUGUGUUUUACGUGUUCAGCUCAUUGAAGCAGUCUAGCUCUUUCGUCGAUGUGAGUGCGAUUCAUGCCAAGUUUCUGUCAUUGACUGUGGAACAUUUAGUAAACAAAGUGACUCUGCACUCUUCGAAAAGUCAGCUGUACUCGACAGAUCAUCUCAGAUUUACCUUGAGGAUAGUGAAACAAUUCCUGAGAGAAAAGUUUGGCUGUCUGAGAGAUGACGCUAUUGUUGCGAAGUGCCUACUUCGAGUUUAUUUGCUUUGCAGUACUGUGGAGGAUACAGCCGUCAACGAUCUUUUUGCAGCAUUUGACGAUGUUUUGUCCCUGAGACAAUGGGUAGAUAGCAACGAAGCACUUGGGAACAACUUAGAAACGUUCGGCUUUAGCCCACUCACCAGAAAAGCUUUGUUGCUCAUUCAUUUAGACAGAAGCAGGCGCUCAGCUUCUGAAGACGACUUAGAAUUUGAUCAGGAGACGAAGAUAUGGUACUUCAAACCAGGAGGCUGCGAUAUGCUUAGGACUGUUCUUAUACCAUCUGAACCUCCGAGCCAACAGUUAGAUGCGCUAUGCCAGGCAAUCUUAAAGAAAUUUCGCUCCUCAGGAAGUGAACUAAACUCUAACUCGGAGAUCGCCAGAAUUGGUAAACAAGCGGCAGCUCUCUAUCGCAAUACCCCGGACCAAGCUAUGGCUAUGUUAACAAGGCUUUUGAAGGAACAAGGUUCAUCGAAAGAUAUAAAUGCUUUUUUUGGUGUUAGUCGAAUUCUUGGUCAUCUAGCGUGCUUAGAGUCUCAAAAAAAUGGCGCUGAAUACGAUCUGCGGGCCUUUAAUGCCUGCAACAUCUGUGAUAGCAUUCGCUCCGAAACCUUGUAUCAUUUUGUGGAUCCUGAUAGACCAACAGCCCAAAAAAGUGCUCCGUUUCGGCUGCUUGACGCUUAUGUUCUGUCAAGUGACAAGCUUGAUGAAUUUCCAGAGCCUUUACUGGCUGCAAUAUUACUAGCUCUGCAAAGAAUUUUCACCCACCAUCAACCACCGAAACUUACCCUCGAUGUAAGCCAUUCGGCAUAUAUCAAUAGACCGUUUGCUUUUGUACAGAGAUGUUUUCGCAGUCCUAGCCGGUAUUUACGAAUUCUCGCAGCCAGACUUAUCCCCUUGUGGAACAUCACCAACUUGUACAAUUCUGAGGACCAACACACCGCAGUGCUUAUCCGUUUCUUACAAGAAAAUGAUUUCUCCUAUGCCGUUGAGACGUCAGCCAUGUCCUGGGCACAAUUAGCUCUAACCGCAACUGGUGAGGUUUUUGACACUCUACUACUGAAACUGAUAGAUAUCUUCAAUUCCACAAAUUAUGCCCUGCACAUUAUGAUGGCGUUUCAAAUCAAGAAUACUGCAGGAACACUUCGAAAAUCCUCAUAUCAACUAUUAUCUCCUAUAUUGCCCAUUCUUUUGCGACGUAUUGGCAAGAAUUUGUUAGAAAAAAGAGUAUCAUUUCAGCGCUUAAUUUGGUUGCUAGGAUACUCGGCCAAAACCAUCCUCGACAUCUAUCAGAGGUAUAUAAUCCCACACGCUAUCACUCAAUACAAAAGCGAUGUAUUCAGCGAAAUAGCUCGGAUAAUGUGCGAUGACGACAGUGCUCAAAUAGGCGAGGCCAAGAGGAUUUUGUUGGAGAAAAACAGUAGGCAAAUUUUUGCUGUUGCCCUUGUAAAACAUGGGCUACUUUCGCUGGAUACCAUGGAAUCUCUUUUUUCUAAUAGAGUUCCUUUCUUCGAUAAGAGAUACGUCAUUGCUUACUUGCCGGACUACAAAACUUUGGCGGAGAUUUUAAAACUGUACAAGAAUGAUGCUGAUGAUGAAUCUCAACCUUCGGACAAUGAAGCCAUGGUGCUCGUAUCUUUGAGAUAUCUCGUAACAAAUUUUGAGAAGGAUAAGAGGCAUGGUUCAAGGUAUAAGAAUAUUUCUGAUUGGACUCACGAACAAGAAGUUCGCUUCCAGGAAAGACUACAAGAACAUAUUCUGGGCAUCUUUCAGGUAUUUUCCAGUGAUGUUCAUGAUGCAGAGGGAAGAACGACAUAUUAUGAAAAGCUCCGUGUGGUGAAUGGUAUAACAUUUCUAAUCAGGCGGGCCUGCAAAAAAUCUAUCAUUGCAUCCCUGGCACAGGUUAGCAUAUGCUUACAAACGGCGCUUGAAAUUGAUGAGGUCAGCUUUAGCGCGCUCAAGUGCUGGAGGUUACUCAUUUUUAAUCUCAACGACGAGGAACUAGCCGCCGUCAUCGAUGGAUUUCUAUGUUACAUCCUACAAAAAUGGGGUCAGUUUAACAUUAGGCUAGGCCCGCUGAUUAGCGAAAUACUGACAUUCCUUGUCAAAGAAAAGAAAGAUCUUUUGCUAAGAAUAAAGCCAUAUCUGACUUUGGCUCUAAUUGAAAAGUCGGAAAUUGAUAUACUCUCACGAGACGGUAAUUUUGCUCGAGCUGCGGGCCACGUUAUCAGCAGCACAGAUUGGAUCAUUGUUUUCGCUGAUAAUUUGCAAAGCACUAAUAAAUAUGUUAUCAACCAGAGCCUUGACGAUCUGGAAGUUUACCUGAAACGCAAGCAGGCCAAGCGUUCAGCGGAUUUCUUUCAAAGAAAUGAACAAGUCUCUGACAUCUCCUUGCUACUGGGAUCUUUACUCAAUACUUCACAGAGAUUCAAAAGCGAUGAGUUGAUAUGCAUCAAAUGCGCUAAGUGUAUCAGUAUUAUCGGAGCAGUUGAUGCGACAAGACAAAAAGCUCUUCGAAAAACUGCUGCGAUCAGAGAGGUCUAUGAUUUAAAUGAUGAAGCUCAAACAAGAAACUUCUUAAUAUGGGUAAUGAACGAUAUAUUAGUUCCCGCUUUCUGGCAAAGUGAAAAUCCCAACAAACAACUUUUCGUGGCUUUAGUUAUGCAAGAAUCACUCAAAUAUUGCGGACUCAAUAGUGCUUCUUGGGAUGUGAACCAAAAGGGCCUUUAUCCGAAUGAAUCAAAACUUUGGGACAAAUUCGACAGUGUAGCGAAGACCACAUUAUACCCUCUUCUCUCUUCACUUUACUUAGCACAAUCAUGGAAGGAAUAUGAACCGCUAAGCUAUCCGUCUUUUACCUUUAAGGAAGGAUAUAUAAUAUGGAUCAAAAGCUUUUGCUUAGAUCUGCUGAAGACAGGUACGGAAGAGAACCAUCCUUUACACGUAUUUUCGUCUCUAAUAAGAGAAGAUGAUGGGACACUAUCGAAUUUUCUCCUUCCUUAUAUCUCAAUGGAUAUUAUUAUCAAUGCCGACUCCUCAAACUCCAAAGCAAAACUGAUGAGAAACAUGAUUGAAGAAUUUAAAAGUAUCUUUGAAAGUGAUCUAGAUGGACUCAAUCACUUACAAAUCGACUCUCUUCGUAUGUGCUAUCAGGCGAUAUUCCGUAUCUUCGAAUACUGCAAAAAGUGGAUGACUCAAUUCAAACAGGACUAUUAUCAUACCAAAGGGUCGUACAUAAUAAGGGAAAAGGAGCUGAAUGACAUGCUCAAACGAAUAGACGAGUUUCUCGGGUCCUUUUCACCUGCUCUCUUAGCCCAAAGGUCAUUGGAAACCGAUUCGUUUGAAAGGUCGGCGCUAUACUUGGAACAAAGCUUUAGGCAAGAGUCCAUCAGGGGCUUGGGAGAGGUUGAGCAUAAAAAUUUAAUUUUGCCACUGCAGAGAACUUACGAGGAGAUUGGUGACAUAGAUUCACUCGAUGGUCUCUUAAAAGCGUUCAGUAAAGGCAACUUGAGGUCGAAAAUUGAGGAGCUGCAAUACUCCGAAAGCUGGAAGCUAGCGCAGGACUGCUAUAAUACACUUGGAUCUUUCGCUGACUGGUCAUUCGCCACUACCAAAAUGCUAACAUCAAUGUAUGAUCACCAGUUGUAUUCAGAGCUUCUCUUUCGCCUGGAGUCCUUAGCACCCAGGGUAUGCCAGCUUGAUGGUGAAAGUAUCCUAUGGUACAGAAUGGGAGUAGAAGCUGCCAACCUGGAGGGGAAUCCUAAAUCACUUGAUAGCUGGCUUGAACGCGUGGAAUGUCUGCAAGAGGCAAAAGAUCCAGAGCUUCUUUUCCAAUACAAUAUGGCCAGAGCCCUUGGCUACGCCAGAGCUGGGAAUAGAGAUAGAGUGGAGCAAUACUUGAACAAGUGUUUGAAGAUUAUGGGAACGCACUUGAUGGCAUCCACAGUUGCCACAACACUGCUCAAGAAACAAACACUACUUAUGAGGCUUCAUAGCCUCUACGAUAUCACUCUUUUGUCAUCGAGUGCUGACAGUGCACAGUUUCAGAGCAAUACCGAGACGCUUGACUUCCGUAUGACAAGGAUUGGCCCAAAUUUCGAAUCGAAUCAUUACCUGUUGUCUGUAAGAAAGUCAUACGAACUUCUCGCUCAAAAACCGUACGCUGAAAAAGAUAUCCAAGGCGUCUUCUUUGAGAUAUCUAAGUUAUGCAAAGAUAAUGGCAGGUUAGAUAGAGCAUCUGAUUCGUUGAUGCACUGUCUAUCAUUUAAUCAUCCUCAAGCUGAACUAGAGUUUGCCGAGAUCUUAUUAAAGCAGGGUGAAAACGAUAGAGCAAUAAAACUUGUUAAAGAAAUAAAUGAGAGAUAUAAAAAUGAUCCGCUCAUGAAGCCACGGGAUAAAGCUGCUGCUUUACUGAAGUAUACAGAAUGGCUUGAUCUCACUAAUAAUUCCGCAUCCGAACAGAUUAUUGAGCAAUACCAGAACAUUUUCCAACUAGAUCCGAAGUGGGACAAACCUUACUACUCCAUCGGGCUUUACUAUAGCAGGCUGCUCGAAAAAAAAAAGGCCGAGGGGUAUAUUACCAACGGAAAGCUAGAAUAUAUGUCGAUAUCUUACUUUUUGUUGGCGUUCGAGAAGAACACUGUCAAAAUUCGAGAGACGUUGCCCAAAGUGGUUACCUUUUGGCUUGAUAUUGCGGCUGAGUCGGUAAGGGAGAAAUCUGCUAGCAGGCGUGAGGCCCUAAAGCAGGCCACAGAGGACAUUUGUAGGCACGUAGAGGAAUCUUUGAGGAAAAGUCCUGCUUUUAUUUGGUAUCCGGUAUUAACGCAAUUGCUUUCCAGGUUGCUACAUAUACAUCAAUCAACUGAGGAACUCAUCUCGCAGAUUUUGCUCAAUCUGACAUCAGAAUACCCUUCACACAUACUUUGGUACAUCGCAACUCUGCUUAACUCAACGUCCCCUGCAAGGGCGAGUCGUGGACGUUAUAUUAUCGACAGCUACACAAAAGCAAGUAAUUGCGUUCAAGGGAUGAUAAGCAAUGCCAUCGAUCUGACUCAGGCUUUCACCAAGGUUUGCCUGAAAGACGUAAAAAGUGCAAUCAGCAGAUCUGGUAGAUCAUUGGAAAAGGAUUUCAGGUUUGAUAUGUCAAUGGCUCCUUCAAAUCUGGCUGUCCCUGUGCAAGUUAAUUUGGACAUGGUGUCUCCACUUUCAUCACAAUCAAACCAGAAGUACACGCCGUUUGGUGAAGUCAUAUCAAUUGCAAAGUUUGGCACAACUUACAAGGUUUUCUCUUCUUUGAAAAAACCGAAGAAACUUAAUGUAAUUGGAUCGGAUGGAAAAGCCUAUGGUAUUAUGUGCAAGAAAGAGGAUGUCCGUCAGGAUAAUCAAUACAUGCAAUUUGCAACAACAAUGGAUUUUUUGCUUAAGAAGGACGUUGAAUCCAUGAAAAGGAAUCUGGGCAUUACUACAUACUCGGUUUUGCCUUUGAGAGAAGAUUGUGGGCUUCUUGAAAUAGUCCCAAACGUUGUAACUUUACGAUCCAUAUUCGUAACGAAAUAUGAAAGCCUUAAGGUUAAAUACAGUUUGAAAAAUCUGUAUGAGAAGUGGCAAAAUUCCCCAGAUAAUUCAAAAUUAAGCUUUUAUCGUCAGCAGCUUGAAACAUUUCCGCCUAUCUUAUAUCAGUGGUUCUUGGAGACUUUUCCCGAUCCAAUAGUCUGGUUCAACGCUAGAAACACUUAUGCAAGAUCAUACGCUGUCAUGGCGAUGGUAGGGCAUAUCCUUGGACUUGGUGAUAGACAUUGCGAGAACAUUCUUUUGGAUAUUGAAAGCGGAAAGGUACUGCAUGUUGAUUUUGAUUGCUUGUUCGAAAAAGGCAGAAGAUUGCCAGUUCCGGAGAUUGUACCAUUUCGUUUGACGCAAAAUCUGCAUGACGCUCUUGGCAUUGUUGGUACCGAGGGAACCUUCAAAAGAUCUAGCGAAGUGACAGUCUCGCUGAUGAGGGAUAACGAGGUGUCGCUAGUGAAUGUGAUUGAAACUAUAAUGUAUGACAGGAACAUGGAUAGCACUAUCCAGAAAGCCUUAAAAAUACUGAGAAACAAGAUUCGUGGCAUCGAUGCGCGCGAUGGGCUUGUAUUGAGUGUUCCUGGACAGGUUGAGACGCUUAUACAGGAAUCUACAUCUGACGAAAACCUAAGUAAGAUGUACAUAGGAUGGCUUGCAUUUUGGUAA